AUGCAACCACCUGAUGAAAACUGGGAGUUUCACCUGCAUCUACUUGCAGAAAAAACACAGAAUCAUAGCAGGGCUCCAGAGAUGCAGAUUCAAACAGAUAAAUCAACACAAGACAAACAUAUCCACAAUCAGAUCGGUACACAGUUUCCAUAUUUACCAUCAAAUCCAUUUGCUCAGUCCAGUUCAAGUACUACAAUGAACCAAUGGAUAGAAAACAUGGGACUAAUGUACAACAUACAGACACAACCUUGGACAACACAAACAUUGACAAAUCCAGGAACUGCUCAUGUGAUCUCUGGAACAAGUUCAAACAAUCCUUCAGCAGAACUAUGGGGGCAGAAUACAGACCAUUGCCAAAUACAAACCGCCAGCAAGGAGAGCUUAACAGGACUACUAAUGGAGCAAAUAAGGAACUCCCAAGAAGAAAUAUAUUCGUUAACUCAGGACAUGCAGGGAUCUUAUACAAAUAUGCUCUUAGGUCAACAGAUUUUUCAGCAAAAUGUGGAAGCCAAUCAACCAGUGUCAGACUAUUGCACAUGGAGUGAGUAUGACAGAUCAAGUACAUUACAAGAAAAAGAGAUUUCACUGGGGGAUAUCAACAGCCAUCCUGAAUGGAACAAUGAUAACAGUUACUCAAUUUCAGAUUGUCAGGAUAAUCACAUAUCAAACUGGAAUGAAGAUUACUUAACAGAGAAUGAAGAUCGACAAUGGGGCGAUGCAAUCUUCAAAAACAUGCAACUCCAACAAAUACAAGAACCUACAAUGGUCGAGGAAGAGGAUCAGUCAAAUACAACAUCAGAAGUCACAAGGACAAAUGCAGAGUCAUCAGAUACUCACCAGAAUCAAACAACAGCAGAAACACAAGUACAAACAGAAGGAAAAACAGAUAAUCAAGAGAGUAGUUCAGUUCAGCUACUAGAAGAUCCACAAGUAACACAAAAGAAGGGGAGACCAGAAAAGGCAAAGAGGUUCAAGACAGUAAUAGAACAAGAGAGAGAGAAAGCAAAGAAAAAAGAGACCAACAAGAAGAAGCAAAUUACAGCAAAUGAAAAUUCAGUUUCACCGGUGAAGCCCAAGUCAAAGAGAAUGAAGAAAUCAGCAAAGAAGAACAAUGAUACCCAGGCGACCAACUCAGUAGCUUUGAUCAACAUUUAG